GAUACCAGGCUAUCUGACAGACUACUCAGUUCUGAAACGCCUUCCAUUGGUCUACCGCUGGUAAACGCACUAGAAAUAAGUUCUGUUUCCAAGCAAUUUCUAAGAAAAUUUGGAUAAAAUUAAGAACUUUCUUGAUAUUUGAAAACAAAUAAAUACAUUUAUGCACAUACAUUGCUGAAAGUCGCGUAUCAGGAUCAAAGCGUCCAGAGGAUUUGUGCAUUAUGAUGCGUUGAAACUAGUCAAAGGUCAGCAAAACUUUCUGAGGGUGGCAAUUGCAAGGUCCUAUGCGCUGGAGAAAGCAAGGAGGUUUUCUUUCAACCUCCUUGGAUAAAGUGCUCUUUCCCUACUUUCCCGGAUACCUGGAUACCAUCUACUUGUUACAAAGAUAAAUGACAACGUAACAGUCUGCACCGAAAACGGAUAGAAGGGAUGGAUAAAGCGCACAUUUUGUUCAGACAAGUUUUGAAGUUACCAAGCUUGCGAGAGAUCACCAGGGACAGUGGGAAGACCGGUUUUGUUCGGAGUUUGAGAUCAGCUGCAGACAUGGCAUUUGACGGUGCCUUGGGGAAAAUGCACCCCAAAGACUUGAGGAAAUUGAUAAGAAGUGGGAAUCUGCAAGGCAGGAGCACAUCUGGCAUGUGCAAAGGCCGUACACAGGCGAAUCUUGCCAUUGUGCACAAGUCGUUGGCGCAAGACUUUUUGAAGUUCUGUCAGGCAAAUGAAGGGCCCUUCCCCCUAGUGUACGUGAGCAAAGUUGGAGAGUUGGGGGCACCUCCACUUGCUGAGGACUCAGAUAUCAGAACUGAUGUUAUACAGUACAGAGUGCACAGAGACGGCACGCUGACGGAGAAAGUUGGAGAUCUGUUGGAGUUCACGGAACAGCUGAAGGACAUGGUGACCUUCUACGUGGGCUGCAGUUUCUCGUUUGAGGAUACUGUUAUGUCAGCAGGUGUUCCUAUCAGAAAUGUGGAGCAGGGGGUCAAUGUGUCCAUGUAUGAGUCCAAUGUUCAAUGCCAUCCUGUGGGUCCGUUCAAGUGUAAGAUGUACCUCGCCAUGCGACCUAUUCCCAGAGACAAACUUGAUGUAGUAUACGGGAUGACUCACCAGAUGCCUGAUCUGCACGGAGCCCCCAUCCACAUUGGUGAUCCAGCAAUGAUAGGAGUCCCUGACUUGAAAGCUGUCCAUCUGGGAGACAGUGUGGAGUUCCAGCCUGGGGAUGUACCAGUGUUCUGGUGCUGUGGUGUCAGCACAGCGCCUGCUGUACAGUCUGCAAAGUCUCCACUAGCCUUUAGCCAUGCUCCUGGGUGCAUGUUUGUUGCUGAUGUCAUGGCAACGGUUGCUACAACAAUAACAGAUCCUGGUGACACUCCCAAGGUUGUCCAGGUAUCCCAGGAACCCUUGCUGUACAGUGUUGCAUCAGAACUGGCUGUUGGUAAAAUGUGUCUUUCAGGGAAGAGAGGGAUCAGUGACCUCCACAUCCCGGGGGAGUUACUGCGCUGUGUGCUGUCCCUGUCCCACGCCUCCUCUGUGGCUGUCAUAACUGGCUUCCCCUGUCACACAGAGUUGACCCCACCAGAAGAAAAUGACGGCCCUCCUGGUGCUGUUGCCAUGGCAGCAAUGCUGCAAGCCCUGGGGAAGCAGGUUACCAUGGUGAUGGAUGCUAGCAGGCUGCAGCUGAUGAGGGACAUUGUGGAGGACUGUGUACAGACAGGUAUCCUAAAAGAAGGCAUGGCAGUCCUGCCCUACCCGCCUACAAAUGGUACAGCCCCAGACAGAGACUCGGCCCUGCAGUUCCUCACCCAUGACGGGGAUGUCUCCAGACCCAGGUAUGACCACCUGGUGGCCAUCGAACGUGUCGGGAGGUCAGCUGAUGGCACCUACAGGACCAUGCAGGCCAAGGACAUCUCCUCAUUGGUCAGUCCCAUUGACCAGCUGUUUGAUGUGGCCAAUGAGGAAAUCCCAGGGAUAAAAACAACUGGAAUAGGAGAUGGAGGUAAUGAGUUGGGGAUGGGGAGGGUGCAGGAGAAAGUUCAUCAGUUCAUCCCCAGUGGACCAGAGAUUGCCUGCACAGUACCAGCAGACUAUACCAUUACAGCGGGGGUGUCCAACUGGGGCGGCUGGGCCGUCGCUGCUGGCCUGUAUGUGCUGCAGGCCUGUCCUAUCCAUGACAGGUACCUCAGGAGGGCUGUAGGCUUCCCACGGGACUCUCACAAACUUCUUGGUUCAGUGCCAUCAUUGGAAAGGGAAGAGAAGGUGAUGUCUGUCAUGAUGAAACACGGUCUCCGAGACGGAAUGACAGCUGAGCCGGGAUUGGUCGUAGACGGGCUCCGGUUCGGUUCUGAGCAUGCCCAGAUCAUGGAGAACCUGAGGAGCAUCCUGGGACUGGACUAGUUACGCAGGGGA